CGAGAGAAGCCUGCUUCACUCGUGAGCGCCGCAUCUCGCAUUGCGUGCUCGUCAGUUGCUCAGCAGUACAGCUCUCUCCCGCGCCCUCGACGCAACCACCGCCACUCCAAGAAACGAGUUUCUUUUUUGCCCAUCUUCGGAAACCCAGCGCAGAGAACGCGCGCGCGCGUCUUUGCCGGCUCAACGACAUCGACGACAACAGACGACGCUCGGCGGAUUUUUUCUUUCCUCCCUUCUUGGCUGUCGCUAUCGUCGACGACAACGUCGUUCGUGUCUUCUGAGCGACGGAAAACAUGGCCCGGAUCGCGCUAUACCUGGCGGCCGUGAUGCUGCUGGCCGUUGUCUGCUUUUCGGCGCUCGCUAGCGCCGACCACCACGAGUCCAAGAAGCACCGCUCGGAGAAGAAGGCGCACAGCGAGCUGGAAGGCAGCGAGACCUGGCGCAAGCUGCACAAGUCCAACAAGCACAGCAAGGAGCGUUUCCACCACCACGAGAAGCACGGCGGCGAGAAGGAGCUGAAGAACAUCCAGAAGCACGCCCUGGGCUCGGUGUCCCGACACGAGGCUAGCCUGCAAGGAGACACCCUGGUCAACCACCGGGCGGCGCACAGCAAGCGACAGCGGGACCCGCACAGCACCGACAUCCAUCUCCAGGACAUCGCCCACCCCGCCGGACAGCACCACGGUCGGGGCGGCCCGGGAGGACACGCCCAGCCGCACCACGAGAGGCUGACACACGCCAGCAAGCCGUCCAAGCACUCAGAGUCGAAGCGAAGCCACGACAAACCACAGCACGAGCGCCACUACACGGUGUCGAUGCCAGUCCGCUCGGGUCACCAGAUCCAUCGGCCCGUGGCACACCACGUCAAGGAGGCCGAGGAGUCGCCGCGCCCUUACCGCCUGCACACCAACAGCCGCGCUCGGGCGGCGCUGCGCUACGCCAAGCAAAGCCGCCGCGUCCACAAGGACUUGGGCAAGGAGCGCAAGUUCAAGAAGGCCUUCGAGAAGAAGCAGCAUUCCAAGCCCCACUAUCUCUGGUAAAAGGGACGACCACGCCACGGGACACAGGGGGGGAGGGGGAGUGGGACGAUCCCACGCACCCCUCUUACGCCAACAGGCGAGGGAAAGAGGGGCCGUGCUGGACUGAAAGACACAAGGUGACAUGUACGUAAUAAUGACAGCUAACGCAAUGACAUAGACACCUUUUCGCAACAGGAUUGAAUAUCAUUACCAGUAGGACGAAUAACAGUUGAAGCACUACGCUUGUGCAUGCAGCGGCUUCAGUCCAGAAACUAUGCCCUGGCCACUCUGAUGCCGCUUGAAAAAAGUUUUAAAGACAACGGUUUAUAGACCUUUUCAGAGCACUGCAUGCCACCACAUUGCAGCCAAUGACAUGGGCAUUGCCCAGCGCAUGGUGUUGCAAAAGUGGUAAUGGUCAAACACACAUGCUCGACUGCGUGGAAACUUGCACGCUGCCCUUGUGUAUUUAAUGUAAUGUGCACAGUAAUAAAUGUGUUAAUGACCUACAUGCACAAUAACAACGUAUUUCUCAUAGCAGUCCACUGUGUUCAACGUGGUGGCACCACUGAGUGAAGCUAGUACUGACCACAGCUAGGCAGCUAUGCAAAGGUUGUCAUAUUCGAGAACGUGCAGAUCUUUCCUUUAUGCCGACGACAUUGUGCUCUUACAGUCCUGCAUACGAGGGCUCUGCUCAUAAGCAAGAAGUACGCAGGCUGGUGGAAUGCGUAUCCCGGGAUAUGGGUGGGAAAUGUUGAGCGUUGUGCUUGUCAUUAUUAUGUAGAUGCCACCUGUCAGAGCAACCAGUUACAGUUCUUCACAUUACUGACUCCUGCCAUGAGAUUCCAUAGGCAAGAUUCAAAACGUGUCCAUAGUGCACUCUGUCAUCCUCUGGGUUGCCAGCAUAGCUUGGCAGCCUUGAGGGGAAGCAUCUUCCCCAGUGGGGCCUGAAGUGGGCAAGUGUAAUUGAAUUCAACUGCAACGGGAGUGCAUUUGUCUCGAAAAGCUUUAGUUAUGAAGCGCAUUUUCGUGGUGGAAUGUUGUCCUCCAACGCGAUCAAUUCUAUAGUGGCCCAUCUUCUUAGCUGUGGCCGUGAUAGAUAUUAUACUUUGAAUGCAGUAAUAACAUCGGCAACAAGGAGCAUAAGGUCACAUUUACUGCCGCUUAGUUUCCGAACAUUGAACCUAAGUUCAUUACCAAGUUAGAAGUAUGGAUAUCGCUAGAAGACUCCUGGAUGUGCAGAUUGGGCUGACAGGAAUGUUCAAAGUGCAUUUAAAAGCCAAUUUAGUAAUACUGCCUCACUGCGGCUGACUUUAGUUAGCUGCAUAGGAUGACAGAAUGUCUGCUUGCAAUGUGCUGAGAAAAAUGUAGGCUUGUUAGACUCAAAAUUCUUUUUUCAUUAGAGUUGCAUCGUGCUUAAGGGUGCAAAAUCGUGAUCAAACCAACUUGUGCCAACGCGGUUGCAUGAUCAAAUGAUAGAAACAUAUUUAAGUAAGAGUGCCCUGGCUAUCGAUUUGCAAGUCAUUAAAGUGAAAAAGCCUUUGCUUCAUUUAAACAUGCAAAAGUUGUCCAUUUGCAGCUUCUGGAUACGUUACCAGCAACAAACACUUCUUCAACCAUCUUUACAACCUCUUAAAGUGAGUGACAGCUAAGUUGAUAAUACUUUUAUGGCUGGCACUACAGUCUGCGAGUAAAAAAAAAAAAAACUGCCUGUGAGACCAAUUCACGUACACGUUCAGCAGUGCCCGGAUAUCAAGCAUGUUACUUAACUGUUAAGGAUGCUUCCAGCGGCACGCUCCUUUCACCUGCACACCUUUGUUUUUUCCACACCCCAAAGCUGUUCGUUGAAACACUACUACGUGUUGGUGAAAGUUUCUGCUUGCAUGCUGUUAAUUUUUGUGCACAUUGAUGUUGAUUAUAACCAACAUAUACUUAAGUUGCUUAGAAUGUUUUGUACACAGUGCAAGUAGCUUGUGCAAUUGACAACUGUUGCUGUAUAACUGUAGCGUUAAAGCUAGAGCAAAAACUGUAUAUUUUCAACUUAGGGCUUCCUAAGGGUUUCCUGCCAAUGUUGAAACCUUGGUUCCUUGUACUCUAGCAAAUGAUGUUAACACUGUGCUGCUAAGACCCAAAUACGCUUACUAAAGUUUAAGAUUACUUCUGCUGAAUGAGUUGCACAGUCUGUUCUUUGCUCAAUUACCAAGAAACAGACUGCUUACAAUGUUAACACAAUGCACUUGUUGAGACAGUGCGGAAGCAUUUCAGUUUACAACAAGGCUCCUCUUUUAUUCGAGUUCUCCAUGGUUACUACCAAUGGCCAGACAUUCGUACCGACAAGCAUAACACGUGCAACGUAUCGGCAAAGGCCAUCACGCUUGCUUGUUUUCGCUGAAGGCAAAACACCACGUCGUGAUUCUCAACAUUGCAGAAGCGCUUCACAUUACCACAAGGCUUCUAUUUUAUCCAAGUUCCAGCUGGUUAACAAUGGCCAGGCAUUUGUAACGACACAUGUUGUAUAACAUGCGGAACGUAUCAGUGGAGGCUGUUGUGACCGCUUGCUUGCUUUGUCGAGGCAAGGUAAAUAUCCAUGUUACAAUUGUCAGUCUCGAAAAGGCCAACAGCGGAGAGACCUGGUUCCCUUUUAUCAAUGCAUCCGGUAUGCACACUAUUUCCGCCCUAAUCCUUCGAUAGUAUAUACAUAUUGAGUAUGUUAUACAUGUGCAUGCGCAUGCAUGUUGGUUAUUUCGGUGGAGGUUCUGUUGCCUUUUAUUUUGAGGGGGGAGGGGG